AAACAGCCAAAGUUCCAAAAACCACAUUUCUAUACAAACACAUAUAACCCACAGAAUUAAACUGAGAGAGAGAAAAAAAAUUUCUUGUGAAUAUCCCACAGUGUAAACAAAAGCACAAAAGGUCCAAAGAAACCAAGAUUUCUAAUUUCUAUAAAUAAGCCCCUCCACUUUGAAGAAAUUGAAAAACACGCCCACAAAACAAAAGAAAACAUAGAAGAUCAUGGAGUUUAGAAGUUGCAAGGAGUUUAAGGUUGGAAAAUGUGAAGGCCAAAAGGAAGUUGAUGGAGAAACCAUGCCAUUGGUUCUACAGCCUCCUGAAGCAAACAAGGCCAACUUUGAGUCUCUUUUGUUGGCUGUCAAAAACAAUAAGGAUUGGUUGGACCAAAUGAUCAUCAAACACAGUGCGGUUUUGCUCCGAGGAUACGACGUGUCGAAAGCUGAGGAGUUCAACGACAUCGUCGAAGCCUUCGGGUGGGAAGACAUUCGAUAUGUCGGCCCGGCUCCAAGAACCCAUAUUUAUAAGAGGAUUUGGACUGCCAAUGAAGGACCCCUCUCCGAGUUCAUUUACUACCAUCAUGAGAUGGUUUUGAUAAAGGAAUAUCCAAAGAGGGUAAUCUUGUACUGUGAAAUACCACCCCCAGAAGGUGGAGAAACACCCAUUGUUCCAAGCUUCAAAAUAACAGAAAAAAUGGUGAAGGAAUUCCCAGAAGAAGUUGAAGAAAUGGAGAAGAAAGGCUUGAAAUAUACCUUCACUGCUCUUAGCAAAAAUGAUACUUCCUCUAUGAGGGGCAGAGGUUGGGAACAGGCUUUUGGUUCAUCUGAUCGUAUUGAAGCAGAAAAAAGGGCGAAUGCAUUGGGGAUGGAUGUAGAGUGGCUACCAAAUGGGGCGAUGAAGACGAUAUUGGGACCAAGGUGCCUAACAAAGGUGUUCGAGGGAAGGAAAGGAAGAAGAAUGUGGUUUAACACCAUGGUGGGGAUGCACGGGAAGGAGCACAGCUCGGCUUUAAUGGCAGACGGGACAGAGAUUGCAGAGAAUUUGGUGAAGAGAUGCCAGGAGAUAAUUGAAGAAGAAAGCAUCCAAUUCAAAUGGGAAAAGGGGGAUGUCCUGUUUUUGGAUAACUAUGCUUUGCUUCAUGGAAGAAGGCCUUCUCUUCCUCCCAGAAGAGUCUUAGUUGCAACCUGCAAGUAGUUUAUUGCUUCUCUACAAGGCUUGUGUGUGUGAGAGACAUAUACAUAUAUGGUUCAAUGAAUAAAAAAGUAAACUUCCUUAUUUUACAUUUCUCAUUGCCAUUAAUAAGUAUGUGUAUUAAAGAGUUGUUAGUAAGUAAACCAUCGCACUUCAAUCUGAUUUCCUG